AUGGCUACGGAAAGGAAGAUUUUACUCAUUGGUUCUGGUUUUGUUGCUCGUCCAACAGUUGAAUAUAUCUUACGUCGUCCAGAGAAUCAUUUGACUAUUGCUUGCAGGCGCAUAUCUCAUGCUGAAACUCUUUCUCGAUCAUUUCCCCGGGCGACAUCAAUUUCACUUGAUGUUGCCAAUGAAAAAGCUCUCGAUGCUGCAGUUUCAGAACAUGAUUUAGUCAUCAGUCUUAUUCCGUACACAUUUCACCCUCUUGUGAUCAAAUCUGCCAUUAAAUUCAAAAAGAAUAUGGUCACGACUAGCUAUGUAUCACCUCAGAUGAAAGCCUUUGAUGCAGAAGCCAAAGAAAAUGGGAUAACUAUCUUGAAUGAGAUAGGUCUCGAUCCUGGUAUUGACCAUCUCUAUGCAGUUAAAACUAUAAAUGAAGUUCACGAGGCUGGGGGAAAAAUUGUAUCUUUCAUUUCUUAUUGUGGGGGGCUUCCUGCGCCUGAAGCAUCUAAUAAUCCUCUUGGAUACAAAUUUAGCUGGUCUUCGCGUGGUGUACUAUUAGCAUUACGAAACUCCGCUAAAUUCUUCUUAAAUGGGGAGAUCGUGGAAAUCUCUGGAACACAACUUAUGUCAUCUGCAAAACCUUAUUUUAUUUAUCCAGCAUUUGCAUUCUGGGCCUAUGCAAAUAGAGAUUCUACUCCUUUCAAAGAAUUUUACAACAUACCCGAAGCUAAAACAAUUAUACGUGUUUUGGUUGACAUUGGUAUGUUAGAUGAUUCUGAAAAAAAUUACCUGUUUCCUGGCGCUCCUGAGAUUGCUUGGAAAGAUGUUCUUGCCAAAGCACUUGGAAUAUCCAGUAAAUCUGAGUCUGACCUUCGCAAACAUAUUACUCUUAAAGUAUCUGAAGUUUCUGGUGAAGAUCUUGAACGAAUUUUCAAAGGUUUCAAAUGGCUAGGUUUGUUUUCUGACGAAAAGGUUCAUCGUAAAGGUACGUUACUUGAUACCCUUUGCGCUACCUUGGAAGAAAAAAUGCAAUAUGGAGAAGGAGAAAGGGAUAUGGUCAUUCUACAACAUAAAUUUGAGAUCGAAACCAAAACUGGAGAAAUGGAAACUUGGACUUCAACCCUUCUGGAAUAUGGUAACCCUCCUGGUCCAUCUGCAAUGGCUAGAACAGUCGGAAUUCCAUGCGGAAUUGCUGUACAAUUGAUUUUAGAUGGCGUAAUUAAUCAAAAAGGCAUUCUCAGACCUUAUACACCAGAAAUAAAUAAUCCAAUAAUUAAAGCUUUAGAAGAAGAAGGAAUCAGAGUUAUUGAUGAGAAAUUAUAA